AUGAGGAUUUUCCUGGUUUGGACCAUUUUCCCAGGCAGCUGGGCAGUGACGGGCCCCGCACAGGUGACGGCCGAGCAGGGCGGCUCGCUGGCUCUGUCCUGCAGCUACAAGCCAGGCUACAAGCUCUACCCCAAGUACUGGUGCCGCCCGGGCUUCCUCUGGUUUUGCUUCACCUACAUUGCCCAAACCAACGGCUCAGAGGUGACGGUGACGCAGGGCAGGGUGUCCAUCAGGGACAACCAUGCGGCACGCUCAUUCACGAUGACGCUGGGUGGUAUCACACCGGGGGACGCAGGCUGGUACUCCUGCGGGGUGAGGAGGAGCCUGUGGUUCAGCCUGCGGCACAACACCGAGGUGAUGGUCUCCGCAGCUGUUUCAACCACAACCGAGGGCAGCAACGUGAGCCCAUUGGCCACCAACCCCCUGUGUACCACGGGCUGUGGGGAGCCUCCAGUGCUGUCCCAGCUCAGCAUCACCUACCUGCUGCUCUUCCUCAGCAUGAAGGUGCCCGUGGCACUGGCCCUGGUGUGCAUGGCUGCCUGG